CCGGUGAUACGGGUUCAUUCGACCAACAUCGGGCAGCAUGGCGGGCUAUUUUCCUCCCAAUGGAGCCAUCUCCAGCCAUGCGUCCACUCGAGCGUCCUCGCCGGCUUCCUCGCCCCUCUCGCCGCCGGCACACCAGCGAUCCAAUGCCUUGUCCAACCGACUGACAAGUGUACUUUCGGCCUCAUAUGCCGACUCGGACAUUCGCGACGCGCUGGAGACCCUCAGUCUCCGGGGCAUCCACAACACGGCCGAGGUCCGCAGACAGCUCCGUCUAGACGUCCAGAAAGAGGUGGUCGACAGUAACGCCGAGAUUGUACGGGACUUUGGGAAGGUUGCGGAGCAACUGAAACGAAUUGGAACCGUGAUAUCGAACCUGAACCAGACAUGCGAGGAGAUGCGGAAGCACAUAGUCUCCGCGAGACAAGAGACAACCCCUGUUCUCGAGGAAGCGUCUGCGUUGAUGAAGCAAAAGCAAGAGGCGGAGACCAAACAGCAACUUCUCCAGGCAUUCACCCAACACUUCAUCGUCUCUGACGAGGAUCUUCUGGUCCUGACAUCUGUGGAAGAGCCUAUCGACGAUCACUUCUUCGACAUCCUCUCCCGGGUGAAGCAGGUGCACCGUGAUUGCGAGGUGCUGCUGGGUGGUGAGAACGAGCGACUCGGUCUGGAACUCAUGGAGAAGAGCUCGAGAAGCCUCAACUCGGCCUACCAGAAACUCUACAGGUGGAUCCAGAAGGAGUUCCGGUCAUUGAACCUCGAAGAUCCCCGGAUCAGCAGCUCCAUCCGGCGAGUCCUGCGAGUCCUGGCCGAGCGUCCGAGCCUGUUCCACAGCUGCUUGGAUUUCUUCGCAGAGGCCCGGGACUACGUGCUCUCCGACGCCUUCCACUACGCCCUCACGGACGCGGUAUCCGGCGCGGACGGGGAUCGAAAUGUCAAGCCGAUAGAGUUCUCCGCCCACGACCCUCUACGCUACAUCGGAGACAUGCUAGCCUGGGUGCAUUCCACCACCGUAUCCGAGCGCGAAGCCCUAGAGGCCCUCUUCGUCGCGGACGGCGAAGAGCUCGCCAAAGGCAUCCAAGCCGGGCUCAGCAGCGAGCCAUGGUCCCGCAUCGACGAAGACAAGGAGGUCACCUUCGACGGACAGAAAGCCCUCAGCGACCUAGUCAACCGCGACCUGAUCGGCGUGUCCCGCGCCCUGCGCCAACGCGUCGAGCUGGUGAUCCAAGGCCACGACGACCCCGUCACCUGCUACAAGGUGGUCAACCUCCUCAACUUCUACCAAACGACCUUCUCCAAGCUCCUGGGCCCGCAAUCUAGCCUUUCCGAACUCCUCUCGACCCUCGAAGCGUUCACAUUUAAGCACUUCGACAUCCUGAUGCGCGACAAAGUCACCAACCUCUCGACCGACCACUCCGCCCUCACGCCUCCUCCGGACCUCUCCGUCCCCGAAUUCCUCCAAGACGCCCUCGAAGUCCUCACCUCCCUGAUGAAGACCCACGAAGCCUCCUUCGGCGCCGACCCCGACCCCAGCAACCCCGCCCAGGAAAACAGAUUCACCCCGGUCCUCCGCGCCGCGCUGGACCCCUUCCUGGACCUGGCCAAAUCCUCUGCCGCAGACCUCCCCACCACCACCAUCCAAACCAUCUACCUCACAAACAUCCACCUCACCACCCGCGCAGCCAUAACCCCCUACCCCUUCGCAAGCGCAACCCAUACCCCCCCGCUCCAAUCCGCCCUCUCCACCCUCCGCAUGGACCUUCUCGACAUCCAACACCGCUACCUCCUCACCUCCUCAGGCUUGCACUCCCUCCUCGCAGCCCUGGAACCUUUCUCCCCGCACCCAUCAUCAUCCGCUGCCCUCCCUCAACACCACCACCACCACCACCAACAACAGCAGCAGUCGUCCAAACCAAACAACAUCGCCGACAUCACCGCCCUCCCGGCCUUCCAACCCGCCGCCCUCAUCGCCACCAGCCAGCAACUCGACGACUUCCUUCCGUCCGCGCUGAUGGACGCAACAGAUAACCUGAAGCGCGUGCAGAGCGCUACCUUCGUGAAGAGCGUGACGGAAGAAGCCGUGGAGGCGUUCUGUCGCGAUUUCGAGUUCGUGGAGGGUAUGAUUAUCGGGGCGGAUGAGGCCAGGGGGAAUGUGGAUGUGGAUGUGGAUGUGGAUGUUGUUGGGGAUGAGAAGGAUGAUGAGGGUAAGGAUGCGGAUGGGGACGAGGGAGCGGAGGAGAAUGAUAAGGAUUGGGGAUUGAGGAAGUUGUUCCCCCGGACGACGGGGGAGAUUAGGGUUUUGUUGAGUUGAGAGAUUCAUUCAUCUUAUUUUCUUUAGGGGGU